CGAGGGGGCGAGGACUGGAGGGAGGGCGUCUCUCCCGGGGCGGGGUUUAGGGAAUGGCGGAAGUGUCCCGAAGCGGGGCUUGGGAGGUCGUGCUCAGAGGCGUGGCGUGGUGUGGUGCGGGGCUUGUUCCGUGGAGCUCAGGGAUGCGCCCCCGCUCAGGCGACCCUGCGGUAUUCCGCGACUCUGACCGCUUCUCCUGGCAUGACCCGCACCUGUGGCACUCCGAGGACGAGGCACCUGGUCUCUUCUUAGUGGACGCCGAGCGCGUGCCCUGCCGCCACGACGACGUCUUCUUUCCGCCCAGUGCCUCCUUCCGCGUGGGGCUCGGCCCUGGCGCUGGCCCCGUGCGUGUCCGGAGCAUCUCGGCUCUGGGCCGGACGUUCACGCGCGACGAGGACUUGGCUGCUUUCCUGGCGUCCCGCGCGGGCCGCCUACGCUUCCACGGGCCGGGCGCUCUGAGCGUGGGCCCCGAGGACUGCGCGGACCCGUCGGGCUGCGUCUGCGGCAACGCGGAGGCGCAGCCGUGGAUCUGCGCGGAUCUGCUCCAGUCCCUGGGCGGCCGCUGCCCCCAGGCCGCCUGCCAUGGCGCCCUCCGACCCCAGGGGCAGUGCUGUGACCUCUGUGGAGCUGUUGUGUUGCUGACCCACGGUCCCGCAUUUGACCUGGAGCGGUACCGGGCGAGGAUACUGGACACCUUCCUGGGCCUGCCUCAGUACCAGGGGCUGCAGGUGGCCGUAUCCAAGGUGCCACGCUCGCCCCUGCUCCGCGACGCCGAUACCGAGAUCCAGGUGGUGCUGGUGGAGACCGGGCCCGAGACGGGCGGCGCCGGGCAGCUGGCCCGGGCCCUCCUGACGGACGUCGCCAAGCACGGCGAGGCCCUCGGCGUCCUGGAGGCGACCAUGCGGGAGUCGGGCGCACAUGUCUGGGACAGUUCCGCGGCUGGGCUGGCGGGAGGCGUGGCGGCUGCGCUGCUGCUGGCGCUGCUGGUCCUGCUGCUGGCGCCGUCGCUGCUGCGCCGUGCCGGGAGGCUCAGGUGGAGGCGCCAGGAGGCGGCCCCGGCCGGGGCACCCCUCGGAUUCCACAACCCGGUGUUCGACACGAAGGCCUCCGAGGAGCUGUGUCAGGUGCAAACUGGAGAGCAAGCCUGAGCUAACGGGACAUCACCUGCCGCCUGCUGCUCACCCCACUCACAGAUGCGACUGUGCUGGCAGGGACCUGCCCCUGGUGUGGACUCUGGAAGGAGAGAUGCUCUGGGCUUCCAGGGGAGCUGCUUGCUGCUGCAGCAGCCCAGGCCAUGCUGCCUGGCACACAGCUGCAAGGUCCCAAGUGCCCCCGCUGGGUGCUGGGCUGCCUGCCCUGGCUUGCAGUCUCCUCCCCAGUCCGCACUCUUCUGCAGGGGCCGGCACUGUCCUUAUCCUACCAAGACAACUAGGUCUCAGUGAGUGGCAAACAAAAGCCAACUGCCUGCAUAACUCGGGAAGCUGACUUCAAGCAUCCUCUCAACCAGGGACCACUCACCCUGACCCAGGCCUCCCCGAGAGCUCCUGCCUCUUCCUGGGGCCUCUGCCUGCCCCAUCCUGUCCCUUGGGGCUGCUGGCGGGGUUAGUGUGUAUGGGUGUGGACAUGAAGACCCUCCCCGGCAGCUCCCUCCUGGGGCCCUGGCGCUGCCUGGCUGGGGCUCACAGGCACGCUGCCUUCCUCCCACCCUUCACUCCUGCCCCAAGGAUGCCCUCUGCUCAGACUGAAUACCCCAACAGCAACCUUUUGGGUGACCUCCGAGUGAGUUACCCAGAAGAGCUUCUGCUGGCAACGUGGCUCCUUCACUGCCUUUUGGAGUUCAGACACUUCUGGGGCCCAGACACACAGGUGACGUUAUCACAUCCAGAUGGACCACUGGGAACUUUAAAACUGCCGUCUUCUGCUUUAUUGACAGGUAAAUUGUUCAAAAAUGUUCUCACGAUUCAAUAAUUACAAAGACUCAGACUUACAUUAAAAAAGUAAAAACCAGAACCCCCCAGGUGCCCAUCCAGCAAAGGGCCCAGGAGGGCAGUGGGGUGGCAGGGCUAGGCGCUGCUGGGCCACUCAGUGCUGACUUGGAGAAGUGCACGUCCUGAACAGCCUUGCCAAGCAGCCGACCGGUGGGAGGACAGGGGAAGCCUGGCCCAAGCUGUGGACAAGCUGUGUCUGCCGCCACAGUUCAUCACAAGCCUCUGACGACACAGGGCCACAGAGCUGGUCACUCAACAUCUGGUACGAAGAAGGGUGAGGUGAAAGCCACGCGCAGGGCAUUGCCGUGCUGUGGGCGGGGCCAGUGUGCAGGAGUGUGCUGGGUGGGUCUACGUGAUCAUACGGGCUACUAACCACGGGGGCUCCAUGCAGGGGCAGGACUGGUGGGUGGGGGGCGGCGGGGGGUGUUCCAGUGGCUGCUUCAUGGCGCCCUGGGGCUCUGACUCCUCUCAGCCCAGCAGGCCACAGGCCCAGCCUGCACCACGACACUCGCUGGUUUUACGGCAGGAGGCGAAAGCCGUGGAAGCGAGUGGAAAGCAGAGAGCACAGCUGACACCACAGUAGGAGAUACUGGUGACACUUCAUGGCUGCGACCCAGAAUGAACUUAACGCACACCGGGACGCAGGGUGUCACUGGUCCCGGGCCUCUGGCCGCUAGGUGGUCACAGGACUUCUGCAGCUGACUGCAAU